UGGCUUAAAAGUAUUAAAAUAUGAGCAAGUAGUAGUGGUAGUGGAUUCCAAAUUACAAACCUAUUAUCAUCUAAUCUACUCUGGCUCAAUCUUCUGCACUAUAAUACAACGGUGGAGAAGGAGGAGCCAUUUUUUUUUCUUUUUCUUUUUAUAUGUAAUCGGUUUAUUCUGUGGGAGUAUUGGUUAUGAAUUUUAUUAUGGAAUUUGGGAAUUCUUGCUUCUCCUUUAAUUACUUUAAUUAUUCUUCUUGUUAUAACUUUCAUUUUUGUUCAAGAUCAAGGUCAUCAUCAUCGUCGUCGUCGUAUUCCUUGUGUCGUGGAAGUAACUACUCAAAGCCCAAUACUAUUCUGGAAAAUUUCAUGUUCAAACCAUCCUCUUGUUGCAAUAUCAUUACUGCUGCGUCUUCUUUUACUUUCUUUAUUAGAGAAGACGCCUGAUUAUUCAUCAAUCUCAUUUUUCUUUUCUUUUCUUUUCUUAUGUGUACAUUAUUUCCCUUCGCCAUGAUUAACAUUAGUACUAGUUUCCCGGCAGCCACGUCUGCAACUAUGGCAAUCUACGGCGGUUUCUAUGAUCAUCAGUCCAUCUCCAUGAGGUAUGAUCAUGAUCAACGUCCUUGUUGUUGGAAUAACAAGACCAACAAAUCAAAAUCAACGGUGAUGAUGAUGACAAGGUCGAGGAGUAGGAGACAUUUCCCUUCGAUUUCAACUACUUCAGCUUCACCAGCUUCUGCUUACCCUCUCUUUAGCAAUCAGCUAACCAAAGACUCGUCCCGUCACCCUAUUUACCAGGAGGCUCUUAAGACUGCAAGACAAAAGUUCACUCAAGAGAUCUCCUUCCAGUCCAAGGACAAAGACAUCUCUCUCGCUAAGGCUUUGCUCUAUGUUGCUGCUGAAGAUGAGGCCUUUAUAGCUUACAAUCGAGAAAUGGAUGCUCGUUCAAUGAUGAAUGAGAGGAGAAAUGCGUCGGUCUCAGCUGAUUCCGAGGACUGGAAACAUGUGGACCAAAUGCCUUUGGCUGGAAAGAAUAUAUCUGAGUGGCUAAGUGUGUUGGACACUAUUGCCAAGGAAGUUGAAGCAGAACUAGUUUACAGAGACAUUGGUUGCCAUUUGGUUGCAGUUUUGGAAGCAGUGAAUGUAGUUCUUUUUGAGUGUAGAGGCUUCAAAAGGUCACCUGUUCUUGUAGAUUCUAAGUACUCAUACCUACACUCUGUACUAAGCUCUGGGUGUGGCAGUGCAAUUUUGCUUAGCAUAAUUUACAUUGAAGUUUGUCGACGACUUGGUCUGACUAUUGUGGGAUCUCGAGUUGGGGAAGAUUUUUUGAUAUGGCCCCAAACGGGGUACCCAGAGGAGCUGUUCAAAGUAACUUCAGGACACAGCUUGUUUGCAAUUGUCAACGGAAGGUGUGUGGAGGACCCUAGAUCAAUGGCAUCUGAUUUAACUGGUAAUUCACUUUUAGGGCUUGAAAUAGCUACGAAGCGAGACAUUAUUGGAAUUGCUCUUGCCAACAUGAUUAGGCUUCAUUGGAAACGUGCUUCAAGAUCAAGCCAUGGGUUGAUGCUGACUUCUCCACUUAGGCAUGUUCACGAUGCUAAUGACAAACUUAACAAGAUCAAUAACUCAAAUUUUCCUUUGUUGCGGCCUCGGGAUCUUAGGCUUGCUAUCAUGGCUUCAGAAAGAUUGUUGAUUCUGCAGCCACAUAAUUGGGCUUUGAGGAGAGACCAUGGCAUGAUGCUGUAUUAUGAUAGGGAGUAUGGAGAGGCGGUGCAAGAGCUUAGCAUUUGCAUGGCCUUUGCCCCAGAAGAAGAAUCAGAAGUUCUAGAACCAUUUGUUGAGAAAUUGCAUUUAUUGCGUCUUGAAUCAUCAUGGAAGUCUUUGGGACAUGCAGAUGCAGGCCAGUUGACAGUUCCAUGACUUCAUUUGUAGAUAAUCUAUUUUCUCUCUAUCUGUGUAGAAUGGAUAAACUCAUGUUGUUGUGACUUCUAACCGACUUCAUAUAUGCUCUACCUCAACCACUUUGAGUUGCUGUUUUUUUUUAAGCAGAAGCUCAGAAUUAUAAUGAUAAAGACAUUUCCAGCUUUUAGUUAGGACAA